AUGACAAUCAUGAAAUUAUCAUGAAAAUAUCAUGAAAUUGUGAAUGGACAAAAAAGUAAAUCUGAUUGAAAUGUCACGUGAUGCUGGUAAAAAAGAAAGUCUUUUUUCGUAAUUUUGUGAAUGAAAAAAAAACCAGAAAAAAGGAACCAAAACGAUGACCAAAGAAGAGAGUAAAUAAGAAAAUCGAUAAAAUAUCGAUCGUCGGAAGAAGAAGAUGUUGCCGUGAUGAUCAGGUUUGAUGAAGAUGAAGUGAGUUGAUGAUGAGGAGCAAGAAAAGUUGUUCAUGAGAGCGCAUGAAAUUUAGAGUAAUAACGUCAUUUUGACGUUGAAUGAAAUAGUAAAAUAGUAGAUUCUGAUUGGAUGAAAGCUGGUUCCGGCGUGCCUUAAAAGGAGAUUUGUGGUCGUGGUUUUCAUUCAUGAAAAGAUUCAACUAGCAAAGCAAGUUUAGGAAAAAGAUUCAGAAAGAUUGAGAAAGCCACAGAACACACAUCAACACAUUCACAUACACAAACAAACAAAGUGUGUGUUUUGUUUUGUAUUUUGUUUUCCCUCUUAUUCCUGAACAACAAGAGUGAUUAUUCAGCAAUAACAUUUUCACCUUUCAACGUUUACCUUUUUCCUUUCAAUAUUUCAAAAAACUGACUCUCAAUUAUCGUAAUUUAACUUUCAAAAAUCAUGUGUCUUCAUCUGUUUACUGUAUCAAGCUUUAACCUUAUUUCUGGUUCAACUUUAACCCAAAGUCGGCUUCAAUGUUUAACCAGUGAAGUUUAGUUGCUUUCAAAUCAAGUGCCAAUUGACAGUAAAUUACUGGACAUUAGUCGUUGACUUGAAAUUUUUAAUCAAAUUCAACUGUUAUCCUUUGACAACCUGUUGACCAUUAUAUUUUAUCAUUAAUAUUAUUAUCACUUUGUUGACUUUGAUUUGUUUGUGUGUGUUUUGCCUGCACUCCUUUUGGUUUUGUUCAACAGCUGUUUAUUGACUCUGUUUUUUGUUGGGCUCCAAACAUGAUUAUGAACGGUAUCCUGUCUCAGGUCAACUUGUCCAUUGAGCCUCAAACAUUUAGCUUUGAUUCGUACAAGUUACAUCAAGAAUCGGAUGAAAGUGAAACCGAUUGUGACCUUAGUGAAGUAAGUCUAUCAACAGUAAUUUCACCUCCAACUCUUGUAGGCUGCAACUUGAUUAACCUAGCAUCAUCAUCGUCCCUAUCCUCUUCACCUUCACCCUCUCUAUCACCACCUUUAACCCUAUCAUCAUCGCCAUCAACCUUGUCCAAUAAUAAUUAUGAUAAUUUUCAACUCAAUUUUCACCUUAAUUCUUUACUUGAUUCUUCAUUUGAUUCUCAACUAAAUCAUCUUUAUAACACUCGUCCAUCUCAUCAACAAUAUCCUUCUCGGCCAACUUCAAUUCACUUGAUUAACUCAACUAAGGCAACAACAAAUUCAACUUCAACAUUCACCAAAAUCAUAUCAAAUAAAAAUCAACAGCAACGACAACGUUCACUCGAUGAACCGGCAACUGCUGGAGACAAAACUCCCAAUAGUCCAAAUAGUAGUGCAAUUGAAUCAAAUCACAGUGAUAAUAAUACUAAUAAUAAUAUAAUGGGUGAUGAAUCCCUGAAUACGCCAACAACAACAUCCAAUGGAAUCUCUGCCUUUUUCAGUUGUGCAGUCACUUCAAUCCCUGAUCCACUUCCAAUAUCAGCCGAAACACUUGGACUCGUCCAGGACAAAAACGAAGGUGACGAUAGUAUGUACGCUAGUUCCUCAGGUCGACAGGAGGGCAACAAUGACCAGUUAAAUUAUUCAGAUAGUACAACCAGCUCAAUUUAUUUAGCAACUGACUCUGAAUCUAAUCAGCAAACAUCAACAUCAACCGCCACUACAUCGCCUUGGCUUAUCCAAGAGAAACCUCUUUACUCUCCAAUAAUUAAUCUGGUUCCAGCUCAACAAUUACAACAAUUAGGUGGUCAAUAUUCCAGUGGAUUAACAACAACAACCACAUCAGUUUCCGGACAAUCGUCUCAAUUGUGUUCAACCCUAAAUCCAAGCAUGUGUAUGGUCUCAGGAACUGGGUCACCACAACCACAUCUUCACCACCAUGGUCAUCAUUCAACCCUCCAUACACACCAUCCUACCCAACAUCAUACACAUCAACACCAUGCAAGUCAUCAAUUGUUAACAAAUGUAUCACCAUUAUCAACCAGUGACCAUCUUCAUUCACAUCAAAGCCAUCAAACUCACCAUCCUCAUACACAUUAUGAAUUAUCUUCAUCCAAUCCUCAAGGAUCUUCUGAUGGUUCCUAUUCAACAACAGAACUUUUAAGCUCAUUUUCAAGUUCUUCCUUUGGCGAUACUUUUGCCAUUAAACCUAUUUAUACCAAUUCACCGACAAGGGAAACAGAGCUGGGUGCUUCGCCUCUUGAAAACUCAGCCAAUACCAAUAAUAAUAAUAGUAAUAAUAGUAGUAGUAAUAAUAAUAACAACAAUAAUAAUCUAAUUAAUCCAAAUAAUGCAACAUUGUUAACUAACGAUGAUCUAUUUGGUCGAUUAUCAGCUUCCAAUACUGACUUGACAAGUCAACAUUUAGCUAAAUAUCAAUGGUCAACCUUUCCAUCUGCAACUGCCAUUGUGAUUCCUUCAUCUGUAACCUCUGGUGGAGCCUCAUCACCACCUUCAUCAUCUUCCCUCCAAGAGUAUCAAACGCUUACCUCAGCAUCUCCACUUCACCAUCUUCAUCCAAAUUCAUCAACUACAAUAAUUCCUAAAGUUGAGCCAACACCAGACGGUUAUGUAACUUCAAUUAGUUUAUCUUCUACUUCAUCAUCAAACAACAAUACGGGUAACAACAAUUCACUAGGAGCCAAUCCUUUAUAUACAACAUCAUCUUCAUCGUCAACAACAGCCACUGUAGUAACAAAUACUUCAUCAACUUCAUUAUCUCAACAAAGGUCGAGUAAUACUAAUAGUAAUAAUAACAAUUCUAACAGUACAAGUGAUCAAAUAGCAGUUGGUUCAAUUGAUAAUGUAAAUAGAUCUACAUCGACUGGAUCAACGGGAUCAACAUCAACUCCAACCAAUGAGGGAACCACUGAAGCCAAUUUAGCCGAAUAUAAUCAAGCCACAUCAAAAGGCCAUGAAAUUUUAAGCCAAGCAUACCAAUCAAGUCCAGUUCCUUUAAAAUUGAUGCCAGUUAAACCUCGUAAAUAUCCCAAUAGACCAAGUAAAACUCCAGUCCAUGAAAGACCCUACGCUUGUCCUGUUAAACCUUGUGAUCGUCGUUUCUCCCGCUCUGAUGAAUUAACUCGACACAUUCGUAUUCACACUGGUCAAAAACCUUUUCAAUGUCGCAUCUGUAUGAGAUCAUUUUCUCGCUCUGAUCAUCUGACAACCCAUGUUCGCACUCACACCGGUGAAAAGCCAUUCAGUUGUGACCUGUGUGGCCGUAAAUUUGCUCGCUCAGAUGAGAAAAAGCGUCAUGCCAAAGUCCAUUUAAAACAAAAGGUUAAACGAGAAUCUAGAGGUCAUUCAAAUUCAUCUCGAUCCUCCCGAUCUGCAGCAGCAGCAGCCGCAGCGGCCGCAGCGGCAUCGUCAUCCUCAACAGCAGCCUCUGCGUCUUCAUCUGGUUCAUCUUCAGUAACAGUCGCAGCAACCGUAACUCUUACAGCAGCUACAACCUUAGAUCAUCAACUACACCAGCACCAACACAUGUCGAGCCAGCAGCAGCAGCAACAGCAGCAACAACAACAGCAACAGCAGCAGCAGCAACAACAACAACACCAUCAUCACCAUCAUCAACAACAACAACAACAACAACAUCAGCAACAACAACACCAACAACCACAAUAUCAUCAACAUUAUCACCAUCAACAAUCCCAACAAAGCCAACAUCAUCAUCUACUCCAACAACAGCAACAUCAACAAGCGCAACAAUAAUUUGAAACGAAAGAUGAGAUUCACUUGGAAACAUAGAACAAUCAAAAAGCUAAAUUUCUUAAUCCUAAUCAAUGUCUCUCAAUCCUUCAACAAAUUUCCUAAAAUUGGUUGUUAUUAAUUUUACUAUUUCAUGGUUUCCUCUUUAACUGGUGUACCAAUAAGGCUAAAUGUUUGGUUGGACCCAACAAUCAAAAACCUUUACACUCAAAACAAAUCAUCUAUUUUAAUGUUUCUCUUUUUUCCUUCUUCAUCUCUUUGCCUUGCUAUUAUCAAAUUAUUAACUAUCGUUGAUUAUUGUUUGCCAAACAUACAAACACUCAUAUUGAUCACUCCUUGACAAUGCACAUUAAUUUACACACACACACAUAUACUUUAACUAUCAUUAAUUGUGAAGAAAUCAUUUUUUCACCGAUAAAGCCUCACACACACACACAAUUAUAUAAAUGUAAUAUUCUUACCGCCAUUGCCUCACCCCUUCUUUAUCGUCCAUCUUCUUGUCCAGUUAAAUCCUCAAUUUGUUUACUAUUUCUUCCUAUCAACUCAAAUUAAUUAUAAUUAUUACUAUUAAAUACGUUGACAAACACCUUCCCCGCAAACACGCAUUUUAAUCAACAACUCAAAUCAUCUUCAACUUUAAGCCUUUUCAAUCCUUCAAUCCUUUGUUUAACACUUUUUUCAACUGUGACUUUUGACAACAAUCUUUGGUAUCUCUAUUAAUUAAUCAACUAUGAUAUAUUGUCAUGAAACAUGAAAUGUUUUCACCUUGAUAAUUGUUUUCAAUUUCAAUCAAUUGUAAUUAUAUUUUCUUUCCUCUCCAAACAUUUCCCUUAAUCAACACUCAACAAAACCUAAAUGGCAACAUUUCUGGUGGACAACAAUUGGAAGCAAAUUGAAAUUUCAAAAAAAGGUCGGACGGUUAAUCAGGGUUUAAGCUGGAUCCAAUUAUUAAAUUAAUUCAAUGAGACAAAAAAUUGAUAUAAAAAAAACAAAAUAAACCUUAAACGAAUUGAUUUUUACAAAUAAACAUACAAAGCUCAUCCUAUGAUUAUAUACAUUAUAUACAAUUGUUAAUCACUAUGAACCAAGCAAACCUUGUAAAACUAUCUGAUUGAAACAACAAAACCUUACAAUUAACUUCUCAAUUAAAGUUUGAUUAUUUUUCUUUUC